AGCGAUUCUGGCCCGAGGCCAUGCUGCGUGUCGGGGCGCCCCCGGGGGCGGAGCGAGCGGGCGCAGUUCGCGCUGGCCGCAAGGUCUGGGGACGAGGCUCGACAGGUCUCGUCUGCGAGAGCAAGAUUCGUCACGCUACGCGGUCGGAGUCCAGGGGGGGCCCCGUCCCAGAGCGGCCCGGGCCUCGUCGCGGUGGUGCGAGCAGGGUCGGGGGGCAGGGGAUGGCGGGCGCGAGCGCUACCACCGCAGCGCUCGGUUCGGCUGCCCCGAGGGGCCCAUCACACCACCUUGAGCUCAUCCUCGCGAGGGCCGUGCCGACCGUGCAAGAGAUCGACCAACUGUGGGAGUGCCUUGGCGAGCUGGCGCGCUCCCUCGCGCCGCUCGGGCGGGUUUGGCGCUUGGCUCCCUUCGGGAGCGUGCGGAAUCUGCUCCUCACCCGCGGCUCGGACAUCGACGUCACCAUCUACAGGUCGGACGCCCAGGACGAGGGCGACAUGGCCGUGGCACUGCGGGUCCUGCAGGGAUGUCUGCUUCCGCUGCUGUCACAGAACCCGCGGUUCGAGAUUGUCAGGCUCGUCUCCGGGGCCAGGAUCCCCAUCCUGAGCCUGCGCUUCGACGGCGCCGUGGACGUGGACCUCUCCUGCCACAACACGGAACCGCUGCGGAACUCGCAGCUGCUCCGCGCCUACGCGCAGGCGAGCCCGCUGGCGCGGGGCCUGGUGCUGCUGGUGAAACUCUGGUCCAAGGCCGCUGGCGUCUGUGGAGCGCAGGGCGGGAACCUCACCUCCUACUCCCUGGCGCUGAUGGUGCUCUAUUUCCUGCAGGUCCACCCCGACUUCAGGCUGCCAGUGCUCUCCACGCGGCUGUUCGAUGGCUUCUGGCCGCCGCCCGCCACGCAGCCCUGGGAGUGCGAGACCCCGCUGCCCGAGGCGCUGCUGCAGUUCUUCGCCUUCUACUCCGGGGAGUUCGAGUGGGGCCGCGAGGUCGUCUCGGUGCGGCUCGGCCGGCGGUGCGGGGCCAGCGGCGAGGAGUUCGCCUCGCUGCCGAACGCCACGGACAAUGUCCACUGGUGGCGGACAAUGGGCCCAUCAACCUCAACUGCGUUCUCGGCCUCGAGCAGGAGGCCCUGCUGCUGGCGGCGCUGCGGGCCGCCGAGGCCGCGCUGCGGGGCGGCGGCUCGCCGCCGGGCCUGGGCCGUGCGGAGGGGGGCUCCGCCGCCGGGCCGGCCGCCGCUGGGGGCAGCGGCGGCCUGCGCGAGGCUCGCCCCGCGGGGCCACCGCCCGGGCUCUUCCUGAGUUGAGCCGAGCAGGCCCAGCCCAGCGGCACGUCAUGGGGCGGACUGCCGGGCUGGGCCCAGGGGUGGUGGUAGUGGUGGUGGUGGAUAUCAUGGCCAGGGCGAUGACAUCUCCCCCGAUUUCGUGGCGCCCUUCUAUUUGCUCACGUCUCCGGCCCCCCCCUCUGGGCCGCGCACAUGCCGCUGGCCACGAUUUGUGCUCCCCCCCUCUUGGACGCCCCCGAAGUAGCUCCUUGAUCUGCUCGGACAGCUGAGCAUUUUCCUGCAAGAAUAUUCUCGCGUGGCCCAGCGGCACUGCACGAGGGAACGCAGGACCGAGUUGGCCUCUCGCCAGAACACCGACUGCGAAGCUUAGGGGCUGGAGGUGUGAGGACAUUUCUGUGCUUCUCGCAGAAAUGUGUGGCUGUCGAGCUGCACCUAUUGUUUGUUUUGCACGUGCAUCUGGCUUCCUGUGCUUCUCUGUCCUCCUCCUCCUCCUCAUCCUGCUCCGCCUCCUCCACCACCUCCUCCUUCUCCUCCUCCUCCUCCUCCACUGCUUCGCUGUCGUGAGGCGCUCUGUUUUUCCCUACCUAGGCUCUGCCUAGAAGGGUUCUUACUCGCUUGGCGUAAAGGGAGGGGCCGGGCAGUGCAAACCGCCCCGGGUGGUUCCCCCAGUCCCCUGGGAGCCAAGCAAAAGCAACAGCAAAGGUAAAAG